UCGGAUUCCAAGCUGGCAGGCAGAUGAUCUCCGCGUAAAGCAGGAUGCCACUCGUUGGAUCUUUCGACAGCAGUUUAAAGGACUUCGUCGAUCUGAACCUGUAUUUCAGCGACUCAUGCUGAAUUUCAGUCCAGAGCCAGCCUGCUCUCCAUUCCACAAGGAUGGCAACUAUUCGCAGAGUGCUGCGAAGGCGAUUGCACCCACUGAAACUGGCCAUAGUUGCCCUUCUCUUUGUUACAUUUGUGUUCUUCAUACAAUGGGAAGCAGGGGGCCAAGGCCAGCAGGAGGACCCCUGGCUGAAGGAGAUGGCGGUGAAGCGAGAUGCCAUGCUGGGGAUGGUGAUGGGAGCUGUCAAUAACUUCAGGGAUGCGAUGCCAAAGAUGCAGAUCAUAGCCCCUGUACGGCAGCCGGACAAACCGGGCAGCAUGUCCUGUCUGCCGGGACGCUACACCGCUGCUGAGCUCAGGCCGGCUCUGGAGCGGCCCCCCCAGGACCCUGUGGCUCCUGGAGCUGCUGGGAAACCUUUCCACACAGACUCACUGAGCCCCAAAGAGCAGAAGGAGAAGAAGAGGGGAGAACAGAAACACUGCUUUAACCUGUAUGCAAGCGACCGCAUCUCUCUGAGCAGAGAUCUGGGUGCAGACACAAGACCACCAGAAUGUAUUGAGCAAACCUUCAAGCGAUGCCCCCCCUUGCCGACCACCAGUGUGAUAAUUGUGUUCCACAAUGAGGCUUGGAGCACUCUGCUGAGGACAGUAUACAGUGUCCUCCAUGCCUCCCCAGCCAUUCUCCUCAAGGAGAUCAUCCUGGUGGACGACGCCAGCACGGACGAUGUGUUGAAGGAGGACUUGGAUGAGUAUCUGAAGCAGCUGAACAUUGUGCAAGUCGUCCGGCAGCGAGAGAGGAAAGGACUCAUCACUGCUCGGCUGCUGGGUGCCUCCGUGGCCACCGGUGACACCCUCACCUUUCUGGAUGCCCACUGUGAAUGCUUUAAUGGCUGGCUGGAGCCUCUGCUGGCGAGGAUAGCCGAGAACUACACUGCAGUCGUGAGCCCUGAUAUAACCACGAUUGAUCUCCAUACGUUUGAGUUUAUGAAACCGUCCCCAUACGGCCAGAACCACAAUCGGGGCAACUUCGACUGGGGCCUGUCUUUUGGCUGGGAGAGUCUACCGGAUCAUGAAAAGCAAAGGAGGAAAGAUGAAACAUAUCCUAUCAAGACUCCCACAUUUGCUGGUGGGCUGUUCUCCAUCUCAAAAGAAUAUUUCUACCAUAUUGGAAGCUAUGAUGAAGAAAUGGAAAUCUGGGGUGGCGAGAAUAUCGAAAUGUCAUUUAGGGUGUGGCAGUGUGGCGGACAGCUGGAGAUCAUCCCUUGCUCCGUCGUCGGUCAUGUUUUCCGCAACAAAAGCCCACACACCUUUCCCAAGGGUACACAAGUGAUUGCACGCAACGAGGUACGGCUGGCCGAGGUCUGGAUGGACGAAUACAAGGAGAUCUUCUACCGGCGCAACCAGGAAGCUUUGCAGAUCGCAAGAGAUAGGACUUAUGGAGACAUCUCCAAACGCUUGGAACUCCGUUCACGGUUGCAGUGCAAGAGCUUCUCCUGGUUUCUGAAGAAUGUGUACCCAGAAGUCUUCAUGCCUGAUCUCAACCCACUCCGCUUUGGCGCAGUGAAAAAUGUGGGCAAGGACUCAUGUCUCGAUGCAGGACAGAACAAUGAUGGUGGGAAACAGCUGAUCAUGUACCCGUGUCACAGUCAAGGAGGAAACCAGUAUUUUGAGUACUCCACACACCACGAGAUCAGACACAACGUUGAGAAGGAGCUGUGUUUGCACGGGACAGAGGGGGCUGUGAAGCUGGAGGACUGCCAGUAUAAGGGCAGAAAAACAUCAGUUGGAGCAGAGCAAAAAUGGGAACUGAAGGAUAACAAGUUAUUCUACAUCCCAGGAUUAGACAUGUGUCUGAGUGCCCGUCACAAGCAUCCCACUCUGGCUCACUGCAACCCCUCAGACAGACACCAGCAGUGGUCCUUCGUCUGAGAGCGCAAAAUACCACUUUACAGAUAGCUACUCUGUAUGCCAGGGCAUACUAGGACAUGUGUACACUGUACUGUAUGCAGUUACCAUGCAGGGUUUUUUGUUUUAUUUUUAGAUUCAUGAUCGUAUUGAGUCUUAAUUUAUUUUUAUACAUAGAAGAACUGAACUCCUGCUGCUGCUGCUGCUGCUGGAAAGUAUGAACUUUGGAAGAAAACCACAGUGUGCCAUUGCUGGAGGGAAGCACGAGAUUCUUGGAACAAUGAAGAUGCGCUGUGUUGACAAGUGCCUCCUGUGUGUUUGAGACAUUUUCACUACUCCAAGUCCUCACAACCAAAACAUGUAGUAUUGGGUGUUAAAGCCAACACUAAAUAUUUUCCAGUGUAUAUAUAUAUGAAUGUAAAAAGAAAAAAAAAAAGAAGAGAGCUGAUCAUGUACAUUAUAAACAAGGAUUCAAGCUGGAAACACAAAAAAUCCCAAAUGUUACGCACCAAAGAGACAGACAGUGAAAACCUGAAACACACUAAUGUGACGUGCAUUCAACAUGUAUUUCCUAGACUCCAAAACCUCUUGUUCGGUACCGUCCAGUGCCUUGGAUGUAAUUUAAUUUCUCCCUGAGUGGGAAGGUGGUUGGGGGAUGGGUGAUGGUGUGCUGAGGCUGUAGAAAGUUUCUGUUGAUACAGAACUUUGGCUUCUCUAAUGCUGUGAUCAAAAGGGACUUAAGACUUUUGCAAUAUAAAAAAAUACAUAAGAAAGAGAAAUGGUUACAUACCAGCCUGUUUUUUUUUCCACUUGAGGGAACUGACAUGAGUCUAAAACCUAUAUUAUGUACAAUUAGAGCAACACAGUCGACCCUUUAUUAGAAACACAUGCGGUAAAGCAUCCUAAGUGAGGUUUAACUUGAAUCGUUCUUAAUCUCUUUUUGCUGCAGUGUUUUCCCGUAUUAUUUAAAAGCUUAUACUUUAAAAGGGAACUUUUGUAUUUAAAAUUAUUGCACCCAUUGAACUCCACGUGCUGCUGAAAUGCCCGAAACUCUCCCUGUGCAUCGAAGCACGAGUCCACAAAUGAAUUUCUGGUGCAGGCACUAGUGUUUAGAUGGCUGUGGAAUACUGUAAAUGACUUUGUGUUUGUGACUGGGGUGAAGAGCAAGUCAAAUGUGUCUGUUUUCCUCGAAUGGAAACUGUCUUGUGUCGUCAGAGUGCCUUCGUGUAAAGAUGUGUUAUUUGGAGCUCAAUAAAAUCAGUUGGGUAGUACUCACA